AUGAUUUUUGAAGAUUUUUUUCAAAUCAAUGAGGACCAUAUUGCUGAGGAGAUUUCUGGGUAUGAUGAGGAAGAUGUUAUGGUUAGUACUGAUGAUGAUAGUGGUAAAGUUGUUGGGUUUAAUGAUAGUGAGGAUGAAAGAACCACCGCACUUGAAGAUGGGUUUGAAGAUGUUGAAGUUGAAGCAUCUGCUAAUGGUACCAACAGAGUCACAGUUAACAACAAAACAUUAAGGAUCAAGAAGUGUAGUUCCAAAACACCUAAGAAAAAAUCUCCUAAGAAAAACAAUAGUGGCAGGAUGAAUGUGAUUGCACCAGUGUCUCUUUUGAAGAAUGGGAAAGGGAAGGAUGUUGUAGAUGAAGAAAUAGAUAGAGAUUACCUUAGUGAAGAGUUUGGUAGCUCAGACCCUGAUGACUCAAAUGAUGAGACAAUUAAAUAUGACCAGUUUAGGAUGGUACACUUAAAUAAGGAUUUUAAGUUCAAGAUAGGUAUGGAAUUUAAUACUCUGGUAGAGUUUAAAGAAGCAAUUAUUGAGUGGAACGUAUUAAAUGGUUACCAAAUUAAAAUGCCAAAAAAUGAAAGUUAUAGGGUAAGGGUGGAGUGUAGGGACCAAUGUGGAUAUAAGGUUUUAUGUUCAAAGGUGGGUGACAUGAGGACUUUUCAGAUAAAGACAUUAGAGGGGCCCCACACUUGUGCACCAGUGUUGGAAAAUAAAAGUGCCAAUUCAAGAUGGGUUGCUAAGAAAGUUGUGCCAAAAAUGCAAGUUACCAAAAAGAUGAGUGUACAAGAGGUAUUUAAUGAAAUGGUUGUUAAUUAUGGUGUGGGUAUUACCAUGGACAGAGCAUGGAGAGCAAGGAAGAUUGCAAAGAGCAUAAUUGAGGGUGAUGCAGAUAAGCAGUAUGCAAUGAUAAAGAGGUAUGCAGCUGAGUUGAAGAGAGUGUGUAGGGACAAUAAUGUCAAAAUAAAUGUUGCUGGUCCUUCUGCAACUAUUCAACCAAGGGUUCAUAUCUGCUUGCACACCCUUUGUUGGAGUGGAUGGUUGUCACUUGAAAACAAGAUAUGGGGUCAACUGUUGAUUGUUGUUGGAAGAGACCCAAAUGACCAGUAUUUUUCACUAGCUUUUGGGGUAGUUGAAACUGAGUGCAAGGAAAGUUGGAAAUGGUUCAUGCAGUUGCUGAUGGAAGAUAUAGGUCAAGAUAAGAGAUAUGUGUUCAUAUCAGAUCAACAAAAGGGGUUGCUGUCAGUUUUUGAUGAGAUGUUUGAUAGUAUUGAUCAUAGAUUGUGCCUUAGACAUUUGUAUGCAAAUUUCGAGAAGAAGUUUGGAGGAGGCAGUCAAAUAAGAGAUUUGAUGAUGGGAGCUGCAAAGGCCACUUACUAUCAAGCAUGGUUGGAAAAGAUGAAUGAACUGAAGAAGAUAGAUCUUGGAGCUUGGGAAUGGUUAAUGGCUGUAGAACAAAAAAAAUGGUGUAAGCAUGCUUUUACCUUUUAUUCUAAGUGUGAUGUACUGAUGAAUAACAUAUCUGAAUCCAUUAAUGCCACAAUAUUAUCUGCUAGAGAUCAACCUAUUAUUAGUAUGGCUGAAUGGAUUAGACAUUAUCUAAUGAGAAGGAUGACAACAUCUGCCACUAAACUUCAAAAGUGGCAACAUAAUUUGAUGCCUAUGCCUAGGAAAAGAUUAGAUAAAGAGAUAACCUUAGCUGCUCAUUGGAGAUCAACUUGGUCUGGAAUAGGUGAACAAUUUCAGGUUAUGCAUACAUAUAACCGUCAACAAUUUAUUGUUGACAUUGCAAAAAGGAGUUGCAGCUGUAACUUUUGGGAGAUAGUGGGAAUACCUUGCAGACAUGUUGUUGCUGCACUUGGAAAAAGGAAGCAAAGGCCUGAAAUGUUUGUUGAUGAUUACUACUCUAGGAGUAAGUAUGCCAUGUGUUAUAGUUUUGCAAUUAGUCCUAUUAAUGGUAUGGAUAUGUGGCCUGAGGUAGAAGCUCCUUAA